AUGAGCUGCUUUUUGUUCCACACAACAAAAGCCUGCUGCUCCGCCCACGCAGAGCUUUCUGGGCAGAGGAAUAGCUCAAAAUGCCAUAGCAUUUUUACAAGAACGAGCUUCACCAUGGCUUUGCCUAGGCUUUGGAAGGGAAAGAAGAAGAAGAAGAAAAAGGUCAGCACUUUGAGCAGCUUUGCGGAUUCCAAGCUCGGCAGUCAUCACCGCCGCCUGAACCUACCUUUGUCCAAGGCAAUUGCGUGGUCCAGCCGAGAAUGGACGCAGCACCCCUCUCUGAUCGUGAGCAUAUCUCGUCGCCUCUUGCGCCAUCCAUCGCUCCGGCAAGAACGUGUCUGGGUUCCAUUCAAAGCGCGUUCCAACACACCGGAAAACCCCGCGUGGCAUCAACGGACCAGCGGCCGUAACAAAUUGCGGCGGAGAGGCGCAUCUGCAGCGGAUCGCCACGCAUACGACCAUAUGGCCGCUUUCACCCUGUUUCCCAGCCUGCCGACCGAGCUCCGCCGCAGCAUAUGGCUGGAAGCCGUUCCCGACGAUGAGGAAGAGGUCUGCCUCCCUUGGCCCGGCGACGUGCCCGCCCACGUGGUCGAAGACGACCCCCUGAGCGAGCUUCCCGUGCUGCCGCUCACCGUCGACACGGCGUUCCCUGUCACCAUGCACGUAUGCCGCGAGUCGCGGGCCCUGACGCAGGAUUCCCGCCUGAGCAGUGUGCGCUUCCGCGCCUCACGUCUGGCGCGGUGCAUGACGCCGUUUCGCCGCUUCCGGCCCGAUAAGGACGUCCUGUACCUGAGCCACGACUCCGUCUACCACCUGCUGCUCUUCACGAGCCCCGACAGCACCAAGCUCGCCCAGACGGAGCCAGGCUCGGCGGCGCGGCGCUGCUACGAUGAUUUGAUGCGCACGCUCCGCGCCACGAGGCGGCUCGCUGUCAACGUGGCGCUCAUGUCCAGCCAUCAUGACCACAUCCACGAGUUUCUGUGGGAGCACGUCGAAGCGUCGCCAGAGCGCCUUGCCAUGGUGAUUCCCGGCACCACGCCGUACGCGGGGCCUUGCAAGGACCCUCUCAGCUUCGUGCCGCCGGGGAAGCGCUGCCGGCUGGUCGCCGUGCCGGACGCGGCCCACGAGAGCGUCGUGGUGCGGGCGGUGGACGAGCAUCGAGAACCGAGAGCCGUGUCCCUCGGCGAGGCGAUGCGCGCCGCGCGCAAGGAGCUGCGCGACUGGUGUGGCGGCGUCCCCAGCUACGAGGCAACGCUCGACCGGUUGGUGGUUAGCGCGCAAGUCUUUGUCGAGUACCAAAAGGACGGCACCUGGCAAGAGGUCUGCAUGCAGAGAAUGUACGAGCCGCACGCUCAUCCAGGGUCAAGAGAGUACGUGCCGUUGAACCGACGGCCCAAUCCAGAGCUUGUGAGAGUAUACGACGCCGAUUUCGAGUUUCGCCCUGCAGCUUUUGAACGUGCAGGGUAUCGGUGA